CGUGUGAGUGGCAGGCGCAUGCUCAGUACAGUGUUCCUUCACUUCCUUGCGGGAGACUGAUCACAGGUACCGGGAACUAGGAUCGCUGCACCUGAAAUGAUUAAAAAAUUUGACAAGAAGGACGAGGAGUCGGGAAGUGGCUCCAAUCCCUUCCAGCAUUUAGAGAAGAGCGCUGUUCUUCAGGAGGCUCGAUUAUUCAAUGAGACGCCGAUAAAUCCAAGACGAUGCCUCCACAUUCUAACCAAGAUUUUGUACUUGUUGAACCAGGGUGAACAUUUUGGAACAAUGGAAGCCACGGAAGCGUUCUUUGCCAUGACCAGAUUGUUCCAGUCCAAUGAUCAAACACUGAGGAGAAUGUGUUACCUCACUAUUAAGGAAAUGGCCAAUAUAUCUGAAGAUGUCAUUAUUGUCACAAGCAGUCUGACCAAGGAUAUGACUGGAAAAGAAGAUGUUUACAGAGGCCCUGCUAUCCGAGCCCUCUGCCGGAUUACUGACGCCACCAUGUUGCAAGCAAUUGAAAGGUACAUGAAACAGGCGAUUGUGGAUAAAGUUCCCAGCGUUUCCAGUUCUGCAUUGGUGUCUUCCUUGCACAUGAUGAAAAUAAGUUAUGAUGUGGUGAAACGCUGGAUUAAUGAGGCUCAGGAGGCUGCUUCUAGUGACAACAUCAUGGUCCAGUACCAUGCGUUGGGACUGCUCUACUAUCUGAGAAAGAACGACCGUCUUUCUGUUGCAAAAAUGAUUAACAAGUUUACUAAAUCCGGCCUGAAGUCUCCUUUUGCAUACUGCAUGUUAAUCCGAAUUGCUAGCCGUUUGCUGGAAGAGUCGGAUGAGGGGCAUACCAGCCCUUUGUUUGACUUCAUUGAGAGCUGCCUUAGAAACAAACAUGAAAUGGUAGUAUAUGAGGCAGCUUCAGCCAUUAUUCACCUGCCCAACUGCACGGCAAGGGAGUUGGCCCCAGCAGUCUCAGUUCUGCAGCUAUUCUGCAGCUCUCCAAAACCUGCUUUAAGGUAUGCCGCAGUAAGGACUCUGAACAAGGUGGCAAUGAAACAUCCUUCUGCAGUCACUGCAUGUAACCUGGACCUGGAAAACCUCAUUACGGACUCCAACCGCAGCAUUGCAACCCUCGCUAUCACCACACUGCUGAAAACUGGCAGUGAGAGCAGCGUUGACAGGCUAAUGAAACAGAUCUCCACCUUUGUGUCUGAGAUUUCUGAUGAAUUUAAAGUUGUGGUUGUACAAGCAAUUAGUGCCUUAUGCCAGAAAUAUCCACGGAAACAUACAGUGAUGAUGACGUUUUUGUCAAACAUGCUUAGAGAUGAUGGUGGUUUUGAAUACAAGCGGGCAAUUGUGGACUGCAUUAUCAGCAUUAUAGAGGAGAACCCAGAUAGCAAAGAAUCUGGGCUAGCUCAUCUGUGCGAGUUCAUUGAGGACUGUGAACAUACUGUCCUUGCCACAAAGAUAUUGCACUUAUUGGGCAGAGAAGGUCCUCGAACACCUAGCCCUUCCAAAUAUAUCCGCUUUGUUUUUAACAGGGUGGUCCUGGAAAAUGAGGCUGUAAGAGCAGCUGCUGUUAGUGCAUUAGCAAAGUUUGGUGCCCAGAAUGAAAAUCUUCUUUCUAGUGUUUUGGUUCUCCUACAGAGGUGUAUGAUGGACAGUGACGAUGAAGUCCGGGACAGAGCAACAUUUUACUUCAAUGUUCUGAAGCAGAAACAGUUAAACCUCAAUGCCGCCUAUAUUUUGAAUGGACUGACUGUGUCUGUUCUGGGAAUGGAGAAGGCUUUACACCAGUACACUCUAGAACCAUCAGAAAAACCAUUUGAUUUGAAAUCUGUUCCUUUAUCCACAGUUCCUCUGGUGGAACAAAAAGCAGAUCUCACUUCAGUGGCUGGGAAGCAGCUUGGUAAAACCAUACCUGCUCGCCAAGACAUAUUUCAAGAACAACUGGCAGCCAUUCCAGAAUUCAAAAAUCUGGGGCCACUUUUUAAGUCCUCUGACCCCCUACAACUCACAGAAGCAGAAACGGAAUACUUUGUGCGCUGUAUUAAGCAUGUCUUCACAGAUCAUAUUGUAUUUCAGUUUGACUGUACCAAUACCCUGAAUGAUCAGUUCUUAGAAAAGGUUAUUGUUCAAGUGGAGCCUUCAGAAGGAUAUGAAGUGGUCUGUUAUGUCCCAGCACCAAGUCUCCCUUACAAUCAGCCUGGCAUAUGCUACACUCUGGUCAGACUUCCCGAGGAUGAGUCCGCAGCAGUGUCUUGCACAUUUAACUGCACAAUGAAGUUUGUUGUCAAAGACUGUGAUCCUCAUACAGGAGUUCCUGAUGAUGAAGGUUACAACGAUGAAUAUGUGCUUGAAGACUUGGAGGUUACUAUAGAAGACCACAUUCAAAAGGUGUUAAAGCCAAAUUUUGGUGCUGCAUGGGAUGAGGUUGGAGAUGCCUAUGAGAAAGAGGAGACCUUCGCACUCAGUACUACUAAAACCUUGGAAGAUGCUGUUACAAACAUCAUCAAGUUUCUGGGAAUGCAGCCAUGUGAGCGAUCUGACAAGGUGCCGGAGAACAAGAACUCUCAUGUGCUUUAUCUCUCAGGGGUGUAUAGAGGCUGCCAUGAUGUUUUGGUUAGGUCCAGACUUGCACUAGCUGAUGGAGUCACCAUGCAGGUAACCGUUCGGAGCACCGAUGAGACACCAGCUGAUGUCAUCCUGGCCUCUGUUGGCUGAACCUUGAAAGGAGGGUAUACAUCACAUCCACUGGUUAUUGACAUUUCUACAGUUCCGUCUCCUCUUAUAUUAACAGCAGAAUGGCCCCAAAAAUCCAGGGUCCUGCUGUCACCUUGCCCAUUCCAGUUUUCUGUUUUGAAGAACCAGAUCUUUUAUACUUGAAUUUGUUUCUGUUAUCCUCCUAAGUGGACUCAGUACCUUUUAUGCUUAUAUUCAAAAAUAUAAGUGGUCACGUCUUUACUGUUAUUUCCAAUAAAAGUACAGUAAAAAUUGUAACUUUGUUUCCACCUUUUAUCAUUUUAACAUAUCUACCUUUUAUUUAAAAACUAGACUGGACACAUUGAUAUUUCUGACAACAAUUAUUGUGGUAAAAUAAACGCGGCCAUUAAGAAUCAUUUGUCCGCCAACAGCGUCUUUUUACUUAAAGGGUCACUGAGGUUUCAAACAACUUUUGAUAUGUCAUAGAGAGAGUGCUGAGAACCCCACCGAGGACCUAGAACGAGGAGAAUGAGGCGCUCCCAUAUCAUUCUCUCCUCACUGCAGAGGGAAUCGAGACAGACUUAGACUUCUAUUAAGCGCUCUACCUCCUUAUGCUACAGCGAGGAGGGAGAGCGCUUCUCCUGGUUCUAGUGAUUGGAGGGUGACCCCCCCACCUAUCAAGAGCGUUAAUACGUCUCUCUAUAACCUAUCGAAGGUCUUUUGCAAUCUCAGUGACCCUUUAAGUUCUACUUUUCAUAAAUAAGAAGUAGUAGGUUUCUAGACACUUCAUCACCAGAGAGCAUCAUACACGUGACCAUAUUAUGACUGCAACCAUGACCCAUACAUUUACUUAAAGGGGUUGUGCAAGAAUUGUUUUUUUUUUGGCAACCUCUGCCCCCAGCCUCCCUUAAACACACAAUUACUUGGCCGGACCGGUAAAGGUAGGAUUACUUGACUGCUUCCAGGUGCAGGCUGCCCAGUCGUUCUCCUCCAGGCCUGUGAUGCUCCGCUGGGCUCCCCUUAUGUCAUUACAAAUGGUCACAUGAGAUCCGGUCUUUGCCGCGACCAGUGUUUGGCUGUGGAGAUGUCAAACGGAUGCUUACGCCGGCAGCUAAGUAAUCUUUCCUUUACAAGUCCUGCCAAGUAGGGGGGGUUUGCCAGUAAAAACCAAAAACAUUCUUGCACAGCCCCUUUAACUCUAUAUUUCAGUUGAUGCAGAAAUGGUAGAAACUGGAAUCCAAAUGGCAAUUAGGUAACAUUUGCCAUUUAUACUGUUCUGCCUCUUUUUCACUGUUUACUUGAAAAAAAAUAGACAUAGUUUAAAA